CAAGAGCACAAUUAAUCCUUUGGCACCAGAAUGGCUCAAGCUAUGGUGCGCUUAGGCUUAGGUGUGUUUUUGGUCAUCCUCUCGAUGCUUGUUGGGGCAGAGGCAACAGCUUUUCGUCCAAAGACUAAGAAAGUGUGGUGCGAAGACACAAAAUUCUAUAAGUGUUACCACAUAGAUCUCUAUUGCCCCGCAGCAUGCCCCAGCACUUGUUUUGUGGAUUGUAAGACAUGCAAACCUGUUUGCCAAGCACCGCGGCCACCACCUCCACGAUCACCACCACCACCUCCUCCUCCUCCACCGCCACCAAAGCACAGACGCUCGCCCCCUCCUCCAAAGGCUUAUCCUCGUUCUCCUCCUCCGCCUCCAAAGGCUUACUAUCGUUCACCUCCUCCAAAGGCUUAUCAGCGUUCACCUCCUCCGCCUCCAAAGGCUUACUAUCGUUCACCUCCUCCUCCAAAGGCUUUCCAUCCCUCACAUCCUCCUCCUCCAAAGGCUUACCAUCACUCACCUCCUCCUCCAAAAGCUUACCAUCACUCACCUCCUCCUCCAAAGGCUUACCAUCACUCACCUCCUCCCCCUCCAAAGGCUUACCAUCACUCACCUCCUCCCCCUCCAAAGGCUUACUAUCAUUCACCUCCUCCGCCUCCAAAGACUUAUCCUUCACCACCACCUCCACCUCUAGUUGUUCCUACUCCCCCUCCUUCCACUACCACUCCUCCACCACCUCCUACUUCUACCCCAUCAUCUCCGCCACCUCCGACUUCUACGCCAUCAUCUCCGCCACCUCCUACGUCUACGCCAUCAUCUCCACUGCCUCCUACUUCUAUGCCAUCACCACCUUUAACACCACCAUCUCCGCCGCCUCCUACAUCUACACCAUCGUCUUAUCCCCCACCUCCCCCAUCUUCAGAGAGCCCUGGAGAACAGCGAGUGAAAUGCAAAAACAAGAAUUACCCUCAGUGCUAUGGCCUGGAGCUUACUUGUCCUAGUGCUUGCCCUCACCAAUGUGAGGUUGACUGCGUUACAUGCAGUCCCGUUUGCAACUGCAACAAGCCAGGUGCUGUGUGCCAGGACCCCAGAUUCAUUGGUGGUGAUGGAAUAACCUUCUACUUCCACGGCAAGCGAGACCAGGACUUCUGCAUAGUUUCCGAUUCCAAUCUCCACAUCAACGCGCACUUCAUCGGCAAAAGAUAUCAAACCAUGAAGAGGGACUUCACUUGGGUGCAGUCUCUAGGAAUCCUCUUUGGUAACCACAAGCUCUACAUCGGUGCCAAAACGACGUCAACUUGGGACGACUCCAACGACCGCCUGUCCCUAUCCGUCGAUGGCCAAACCAUAAGCCUCCCAGACAGCGAAGGCGCCAACUGGCAGUCAAUCUUAUCAGCAGGAGCACUCAGCAUCACGAGGACGAAAAACACGAACUCGGUAGAAAUUGAAGCCGAAGGGAACUUCAAGAUCAAGGCUGUGGUGGUGCCGAUAACCGAAAAGGAAUCGUUGAUACAUAACUAUGGGGUUACAGAAGAGGAUUGCUUUGCUCACCUUGACUUGAGCUUCAAGUUUUAUGCCCUAAGCGGAGAAGUGAGUGGUGUGCUAGGGCAGACAUAUGCAAGCAACUACGUGAGUAGGGUUAAGAUGGGAGUUGUGAUGCCUGUUCUGGGCGGUGACAAAGAAUUUGCAUCCUCUACCAUCUUUGCUUCGGAUUGUGAGGUUGCAAGGUUUACUGGUGAGAUUGCUACGAAUGAUUUUUCAAACAACUAUGACCACUAUGCUAGUACUAUGAAUUGUGCUAGCGGGGUGGAUGGCCGUGGAGUUGUUUGUAAGAGAUAAAAUUAAUUGGAUAUCUCGUAAUAAAUAAUAAGGGCCAAAGACUCAUGAAACAGUAUGUCUGGCUGUUGCAGUUUCAUAAAUAUUGGUGUAUUCAUCCAACUUCUUUCUUAUGUUUAUAGUUAUAAUCACAUUGUACUCUAAAAUUAUAUUACUUCUAAUACACAAAUUGAAGACAUAUAAUCUCCAAUUCACAAUUUGGAGUGAUAUCAAACUCAUAGUUGAUUUAUGUC